AUGCCUAAGUUUCUUGCACCGUCGAGUAAAAAGCCCUCACCGAUGUCACAUGUCGCGGUAGCAUGUGGCGAUGUGGACAUUGGUCUGGGUACCGACACCGGGGGAUCCAUUCGGGUGCCCGCGUCCUUUUGCGGGCUGCUGGGCAUAAGGCCCACCUGGGGCCGGGUAGCUCGAUGUGGCACCACAGCGCUGGCUCCGUCGUUCACCACACCGGGCUGGUUUGCCCGUGACCCGGCCGUACUACGCGCAGUAGGUGCUGUACUGUUGGACCCCUCCAGUCGCGGCUCCAGCCGGCUGGGCAGAUGGCUGGUAGCCAAGGAUGCGUUUGCUUUGGCUGACCCGCCUACAGGGAAGGCUAUCUACGAUACCUUGUCGGCCCAGUUCCCCAAGGUAGUGCAGCUGCUGGGUCAGCCUUUGGAGGUGGAGGUGGCGGCACCUCUGUCGGGGGAGGGCCUCGGAACGUUUGUUGACUGGAUGGGCGUGUUCCGGGGCUUUGAGGUGUGGCAAGAGCACGCUGCCUGGGUGUCCGCACACAACCCGGAGUUUGGGCCGGGCAUCAAGGAGCGUUUCGCAAUGGCGGCUGCAGUAACGAAGGAGCAGCACGAGGUUGGCUCCGCUAAGCGCCGCCGCAUUCGGAGUCACCUGUUGGAGCUGCUGGGCUCUGACGGACUGCUGGUAGUACCCACAACACCGGGACCUGCACCGCCAGUCAACACCCCGCCGGCGGAUUUGGACGCCUGGAGGACUCGGCUGAUCAGUCUCACCUCCAUAGCGGGCCUCGCAGGCCUGCCGCAGGUUAGCUUGCCUAUUGCUAGAGUUGACGGGCUCCCCGUUGGUCUGGGCCUUAUAGGGCCUCCCGGCAGCGAUGAGGCUCUCCUGGAGAUUACCGAGCAUCUGAUGGGGGUAAUUGCGCAGCCGCUGCAAUGA